AUGGAGGGCCCUCAACCUCAGGCCCCAGUGGCUUCACACGCUAUCCCCGCCACCUCACACGACACAGCUCUCUGCAUCGUACCCCCAAGGCAACUAUGGCCGACAAUCGAUCGGCUCAGAUCCCUAUACGACGACGCCUUUGGGAAAUGGCCACCUCAUAUAAAUCUAGUUUAUCCAUUCGUUCAGGUGGCAAUCCUCGAUCAUGCAGUGGGUGCAAUCGCAUCCGAGCUCGAGGCGAGACUACAAACACAGCAUUAUGAUGAAUGCAAUCCAGCUGUCAGAUUAGACUCGUCUGGAGUCUUCCCCCAUAGAAAGCACAACACCAUCUACCGUAGAGAUGGCAACGAGACGCGCGUUGAGAGAUUAAGGGCUUUAAGAAAGGCAGUUUCGAGUGCCCUUGGCCACCAGAGCCAAAGUGACCAAAACUACCGACCACACCUUACAGUUGCGCAGUCAACAGAUGCAAAGGACACCCAGCACAAGUCGAGGCUUGGCAAAGUAGACCUUUUGCCAACACUCGAGUGGCAGGUGGAUACAUUGCACGUGUUGGUGAGGGUUCAUGGCGUUCAAGGCACCGUAAUGAAGUCCUGGGGAACCAUCGACCUACGUACCGGCUCGCUUUCUAGGUCAGAUCACCUGAUGGGCUUCUACGAAGAUUCCAUGUUCGUGACCCAGCCGGAAGAUGCGGCCUACAAGACCACAUAUCCCCGGAACGAGGUCAUGUCUUGUCACACCUUUGACGAAUAUACUAAGCGCUGGACUCCUUCGAAGACGUUGUCUUCCCGAAAGCUGAUGCAGAAAAGGCUCCGAGUAGCCAGCUACAACGUCCUGGCCGAGUUUGACUUUCCACCAUCGCAAGAACGAUAUCCCAUCUUGGUUAACACCAUAUUAUCUCAGGACGCGCUUGCAGACGUUCUCGUCUUGCAGGAGGUGACGGACAACUUUCUCGGUUAUUUGCUGGCCAACGAGGAUAUUCAUGCUUCGUACCGUUACGUAUCGCACGCACCCCCAAAUCAAGACGACAUCGAGCCUCUCCCUAGCCAUCUUAACAUUGUCGUCCUGAGCAGGGUGGUUUUCGAUUGGGAAUGGGUACAGUUCCCUCGAGAUCACAAGGGAUCCGUGGUGGCCAGAUUCCGAGACCUUGGCCGCUGGGAGGAUGGAAAGCCUGUGCCUUUGGUUAUUGCAUCGGUGCACCUGACGCAUGGCUUGAGCGACCAGGCUGUGUUGACAAGGACGGCGGAAAUCGAACGGUUGUUGAACCACUUGGUCCAGAACUAUCAAGGCCAUCCUUGGAUAGUUGCUGGUGACUUCAACACCACGACAUCUUCAUUGACUAUCAAAGAGGCUCUCAAGGGCGGCAACAUAUCGCAACAUUCCGUGAAAGAAAUUUCAAGGUUCGACAGUUUGUUGGAGCAGGAGGACUUAGUCGAUACUUGGGGUUCUCAUAGUGCAAAUACCUCUAUCAAUGAGAUCUCUGCAGACUCAUUGUGCCCCGGCGAGGACGGCGCAACAUAUGACCCGCUGAACAACAUGCUUGCCUUCAAAAUCAGCGACACCGGUCCAGGAGGCCGACCACAGAGAUACGACAAGAUUAUGCUCAGGGGUGAGGGAACCCUUGAGAGCGCAGGCUUCAACAGGUUCGGCUUUCCCGCAGGACAUGCAGCAACCAAUGAGACUUCGUAUGGUAGUGAUCACUGGGGCGUCAGAGCCGUGUUGCAGCUCUCGGACGAAGCAACUGAAGCAGCAACAAUAUCUACGGGUGUUAGCCCCUUGGUUGUCCCAGUCGAGUUGUCGAGAGCAUCCGGGCCAAUGCGAGACCCUCAGCUGCUGAAGGACAUACUCGAGAGUAAGGGGGCCAUUCCGGCACCAGAGGAGGGUCCUCGUCGUCAAGCCGCCUUCGACGCGCUAAGGCAGAUCGUGACAGGGAAUCUUGUCGAAGGAGUCAGCGAUGCUUCUGAAUAUGAUCGACUAAGGUCAUCACUGAUCAUGGUACCAGUAGGCUCCUGGGGCCUUGGUGUUUCCACCUCGUCAUCUGAUAUCGACUGUCUCUGCAUUGGGCCCUUGAGCUCCAGCACGUUCUUUGCGCUGACGACACAGAGGAUCAAGAAGGCCUCUGUGGAGUCGGCAAUCGAACUCAAGCUCUUGCGCAGAGUGCGGGCUAAUUCCGGCGUCAUGUUGGAGCUAGAAGUCAUGGGUGUCAGGGCCGACUUGCAAUACUGCGCCGCCACAGCGGUUGCCGAACAGUGGCCGGCUGUCCUGAAGCUACCAGCCAACGAUCCGACUUUUGCACUCCCGGCUCAGACCCUGGGAAAGCUCAAGGCCCUACGCGAUCUAGACUAUCUCCGAGACUCUAUCCCUGAUCUGACGAAAUUCCGCGUUGCUCACCGAGCUAUCAAGACCUGGGCGCAAUCCAGGGGCAUCUACUCGGCCAAGUUUGGCUACCUGGGCGGCAUUCAGGUCUCCAUCCUGCUGGCGCGGGUUUGCAAGCUGUUGGCUCGUGAUCACGGCCAGGAGGUUUCAGUCCCAGAUAUUCUGUAUUCUUUCUUUUCUCAUUACGCAUCGUUCGACUGGAGGAACAAGAUUGCGUUCGACCCCUUCUUUCACACAAAACUCAAUUACUUGCGUUCAUCCCGCGAGCCCCUCGCCAUUCUCGGCUUUUUCCCUCCGGCACUCAACACCACCCUGGCUGCUACGGUCCCGUCAAUGAAGGCUAUUGCCCUAGAGUUCUCACGGGCACACGAGCUACUCAGGGAGGACGGUAUGACAUGGGACACCUUCUUCAGGGGUUCUUCGGCGAGAGGAGAUAAGGGACAGCGCCUAGCCCGCGGUGCAGCUGACUUUUUACACUCGUGUAAGUCUUUUGUAAAGAUUGAGCUGCAAUACUGGGGCAUUUCGCUUUCCAAGGGCUCGCAAUUUGUCGGUUGGCUGGAAUCGCGAUGCCCGCUGCUCCUCGUCGACAUGUCGCGCCGGCUACCGCAGCUAACCUUCCGCAUCUGGCCGCAGCGGUUUGUAGAACAUGUCGAUGCGGAAGAGGCUGAGACCAGUCGUGACGAAGAAAACCAAGGAGAAACGCAGGAAUAUCAAGGCUUCUACCUCAUCGGGCUCGAGGAGGACAGCGGAGCCACAGACGAGGACAGGAAGCUCGCGGCUGGUACCAUGCAGACGAUUCUCCAGCGCUUUAAAGACAUGAUUCGCAACGACGAAAAGUACUUUGAUGCCAAGAGCCAAUGGCUGAGCACAUCAGUGGUCCAAGGCCCGGAUUUGGGUGAGUUGACGCUUGACGAGCGAAGUUGGGGCAACUACACGGCCGGCGAUGAGGACGAGGACGAGGAUGAGGAAGAGGAGGAUAGUGCCAGCGAUAGCCAAGAAUCGGGACAACGUCCUCAGAAGCAGAAGAAAGGAAAGAAGGGCAAGGGAGCCAGGGAGCAAGGCCGCGUGGUUCCGGUUGCAAAAUCAGGUGCCAAGUUCCGGACUGCGGCGGACGUCAUAAGUCGACUGCGAUGGGACCCUGCGUUGGAUAGCAGCGAUUAUGUGGUGGGAUACGAGGAUAGGUUCAAAGGCGCCAUGGAGAAGGCGUUGGACGCUUGGAAGGGUGAACAGACUGACGAGGAGUUCAUCCCGCAGCAUCGAAUCCUGUACUUCAAACGGAAGAACGAUGGUGUGGUGGUAUGGGAGAGACGCACACGCACGGAUCUGCUUUUUGGCAGUGGCUAG